GUCAGUUUCCAUGACAAAAUAAGUAAACAAUAAAACAUUUUAAAAAAUAUUUCAAGGCAACUAUUACUACAGACUAGAGACUUUAAAAUGUCGGGCAAGGAUGUCAGCGAUUUUUCUGAAUUUGAAGCAACUUUACAGAAGAUUGACAACAUUUUAAACAAUGGCGGUGGCGAUGAAGAAGACGAAACAAACAAUGCUGCCAGCAAGAACAAAUCGCCAGAAUUCUUUGAGAAUCUGGAUGUGGACAGGGUGCGCUUGAAGGUUCGUGAGAAUCGCACUUUGAUCAAUAAACGUGAAGAAGAUUCGUCCACUGAUCAAACAAACACCAUGGAUCAGCAAUCCUUUAUGCAGCAAGUAGAGCGCGAUGCCAAUGAGCGUGCUCAGGCCAAGGAACAGCGUGAAUACAAAGCAGAAAUUCAACGCAGCCAGGGCAAUGAAGCCUUUCGUGUUGCUAGCUAUGAGAAAGCCAUACUCCACUAUACCAAGGCUUUGGAUCAGAUUAAAGACAGCGCUAUAACAUUUAAUAAUCGAGCAUUAUGCUAUAUUAAAUUACGCAACUAUAAGCGAGCUUUGCAAGAUUGUGAAUAUGUUCUAGAUAAAGUGGAUAAAUCAAGUCUACGUGCCUGGCUCUAUAAGGCCACUGCCCAUAAGCGUCUUAAUGAAAUGGAAGAGUAUGAAAAGAGUGUCACUCAAGCUCGUCAGCAUAAUCCCAAACAAUUGGCUUACAUUGACAAGUUUAUAAGCGAAAUUGAAACGAAUAUGUAAAAUAUAUAUAAUUAAUCAUGUUUA